AUGUGUACGUAUAUGUCGUAUAUGUUAUCAUUUUCCCUUGGCUUGGGCGGAAAGGUAUCCUAUUCAGGUUCGCCAGGUUCGCCAGACCAGGUCAUGCCAUGUUUUCCACCUUUUCAGGGCCUACCAUGUCGGAAGCCUCCGUCGGAGGGUCCAUGUGUCCCACACGGGCGUCUCGGGCCUCGCCGGGCUGCGCGAUCCAGGCGAGGUCUUCACCGAAGAGCUGAAGCGGUGGAACCGGCAUAUGACCGCGCAGGAAAGGGAAGAACCCAGACCCUGGAAUGGCAACGUGAGAAUGACCUGGACAAUUCACAUGGCGCGGACUUGACGCCAAGCCUAUCAAGCUCCUUCACCGCUGGCAUGAGGUAUCUGUGGCGUGUGGCCGUUUCACAUGACAACCAUGACACCCUCACCGACAACAUGAGGAUGCCACGAACGGAUGCGAAGCUCCACGCGGAAGAAGUCGCGUGCCAGGGGCCAAAGGCGGUCUUCGAGAAGUUCGAGGCGGCACAGGAGGAACCAUCCUCGGUCCUGGCCGUGAAGCAAGAGCAAGCAGAGUUCUCCAGGUCGUCGUCCUCUGCUAGCUCUGCAGACGAGGAAAAGUCCCAGCGACAAGCCGCACCUCUGGCGGUCGCGCCAAGCUCGAUCAGCCAACAGACGCGCCUGGAAGCUGAGCGCCGUGCACGGGCCGAGCUGCAAGCACGCUUGAAGGAAGAGGAGAAGCAUUUUCCCAACGUCCCGCAAGCCAGGGUGCCACAUGUGGUGCCGGCUCGCAUACAAACUCCAGCCUUUGCAACUUCAGCCUCCUUGGGCCAAAACGUCGCGGUGCUCGCCCUGCCCGGACGGCGGGCGGAGUGCGAGCGGAAGGCGCGAGCAGAGCUGCAGCAGCGGUUGCAGGUAGAAGCCAAAAUCGUGCUCGAAGAGAGGGCCAAAGCUGAGAAAGCCAAGGCCAAGGCUGACGAAGCAAAAGCCAAGGCAGAAGAGAAGGCCAAAGAGGCGAAAGAGGCCAAGGAGGCGAAAGAGGCCGCCAAGCUCGCCCGGCAGGCCGACGCGAAAGCCAAGGCCGUCAAGGCGGAGGUGAAGAAAGCGAAAGCAGCGGAGGCCAAAGGCGAUGUGAAGUCCAGCAAAGCGACAGCGGGGAAGGCCGCCGCAGCAGCAGGAGGUGCUCGGAAGGUGCCCGUGAAGCAGGAACAUGGUCGGUCCAGGUCCUCGUCCGCUGAUCAUCAAUCCAAGGCCAAAAAGGCGGCCCCCAAAGCCUCAGCGGCCAAGGCCAAGGCUACACCAGCUCCAGGUGCUACACCUGCAACCAAACCAAAGGGGCAG